CCCUGACCAAAACUCUCCCCUCAAAACCCGGAUUGCGCCGCGGCGAACACCGGCGGGGAUGGGGUUCGACGGCAACGAUGACCACAUCAGCGAGCUACCGGAAGCGCUCCUCUCAGACAUCCUCUACCGCCUCGGCACCGCAGAGGCGGCCCGCGCCGUCGUCCUCUCCACGCGCUUCCGCGACGCGUGGCUCGCAACCCCACUCCGCCUCGACGACCUCGAACUCCCUGCCCUGGCCCGCGGCACGGGAUUCUCCAAGGAGCCCUGGGCUGUGCGCGCUGACGCCGUCACCCGCGUCCUGGCCUCCCACCCGGGCCCCGUCGCUCUCUUCCGCCUCUCCCGGACCACCUUCCGCAGCCGUGUCUCCGCCGCCGAGGCCUGGUUCCGGGACCUCGCCGCCAAGCGCGCCCGCGAGGUCUACCUCUGCUGCCCGCCCGAAUGGUGCCACGACGCGCUCGCCGACCCGCUCCUCGCCUGCCCCACCCUCGAGACCCUGGCCCUUGGCAAGUGCUCCCUCUCUGAUGCCGGGGCCUCCGCCUCUCGCCUCACCGAGCUCACACUGUCGGAAACCAACCUCUCCGAGGCUGCCCUUCAGAGCGUGCUCUCCGGAUGCCCCGCGCUGCGCAGCGUCAUGCUCAAGCACGUCCAUGGCCUCCACCGCAUCCGCGUCCGUUCCUGCCGCAGCCUCGUGCUGCUGGGUGUGUGGCAUUACAAGAAACUCGAGGAGAUCACCGUGGAGGAUGCCCCCUGCCUGGAGCGUGUGCUUGGCAGUGUGCGUCUGACUGCAGCCAUUACCGUUGUUGGCGCGCCAAAGCUUACUGCUUUAGGCUAUGUCGUGGUCGGCAUUCCAUAUCUGUUCGAUGGCGAGACUGCUCCGCAGGAGGUUGGCAAGGGUCUGCGUGCUCCGCUGCAUAGCGUGAAAAUUCUGGCUAUCACAGUGAAGUUCUCGAAUGAAAACGACAUGGAGAAGGUGAUAAGCUUACUCGAGUUGUUUCCCUGCUUGGAGACAUUGCAUGUCAAGUCCAGUGAUAAUGAUCAAGAGUGUGGCGCAGUUGAGGAUGACACAAUUGGCUCCAUCUACUACCCAAAGUGUGAUCCCAUCAGGUGCUUUGUGAGCCAUCUCAAGAGCGUGAGACUGGAAUGCAAGUGCAACCACCCCAACCAUAGCAUGCUUGAAUUCGCAUCUUUUCUCCUUGCUAGAGCACAUGUGCUGCAGUUCAUGAGGAUUCGGUCCAAGAUGUCUGGCCUCUCAGAAUGGGUUACGAAACAGCAAAAUCUGCUCAGCCAAAGCCACCGUCUCUCCUUGGAAGCUGAGGUCGUGUUUGAAGGUAUUAAACGACGUGAUGGCUUCACCAUAGAAGGUGUCAAUGCUCUGUCUGACCCCUUUGACGGUGAUAUCGACAUCUCAGGCUACUAAACAAACUAUGAAAGUUUACUGGUUGAGGCUUCAUUCUGAAGAUGAUUGCUAUCCAUGAUGUGCAGGCUGGACCUUUUUUUGUCUGUCUAGUUGAUUUUCUGAAUCUAGAAUCUAGACUAUCAUUUAGGUCGAGUUUUGAGGUUUCAUCCUGAAGGUUUCUAUUUAUGAUGUUACAAGUAUCUUCUGACUUGCGUCUAGUUGAUUUGCUGGAUGUUGAGUUUA